AUGAACAGUGGACUCCCAGCUUCAGCUGCUCCGCUCGGGGGUGUCGGAAUACCCGGUGUGAAGGUGAAAUUCUGCCGUUAUUAUGCGAAAGACAAGACUUGCUUUUACGGAGAUGAAUGCCAGUUUCUGCACGAGGACCCGUCCAUGGCGAGCCUUUCUCUGCACAGUGGUGGUACAUGUGCUGGCGGAAGAGGAGGAAGCCCCGUCUCUUUAUCUCUCACCGGAGGAGCAGUGACAACAGCGGGAUACGUGCUCGGAAAUAGCGCGGCAAGCGGCGCUCCGGUAAACGUUCCCAAAAAGAACGAUUCUCUCGGUUCCGCGGGAACAGCUCCAGAGGGACAUCUGUUGUCCAUCACUGGGAUGGAGGGAGGUGCCCUGAAUGAAGCAAGUCUGACCAACUCGUACUUCAGCAGUACCUUUAUUGGGGUCAAUGGGUUUGGAGGACCAGCAGAGUCCAAAUAUUCAAUGAUGCAGAGGAUGACCAGCAGUAGCAGUUCUCCAAGUCUGCUGAAUGAUGGUGCCAAGAGCUUCAGCCACAGUGGACAUGAUCCAUUAAAUUCCCCAACAUCAUCCCUCUUCAGUGAUUUUGGUGCUUUGAGCAUAUCACAAAGGAGAAAGGCUCCUAACCCCACAGCUAGUGAGUUUGUCCCUAAAGGGGCUCCACGGAUGGCCUCCAUGUCUCAGACGACCGUGCCAGCAUUCAACUCCCCCAUCUUCCCUCAUCCUGGCUUGAGCAGCUCCACAGUAGCUGCUCUUGCACCUGGUAUGUCGCUCUCUGCUGGGUCUUCUCCUCUUCACUCGCCCAAAAUCACCCCUCACACGUCCCCAGCCCCGCGGCGGCGCAGUCACACGCCCAACCCCAAUCCAGCCAAUUACAUGGUGCCCACCACUGCGUCUGACCAGGGAGGCGGAGGCCAUGUGAUUCAAAAGGAGACCGUGGGCGGGACUACCUACUUCUAUACUGACAACACCCCUGCUCCCUUGACCGGAAUGGUGUUCCCAACAUAUCACAUGUAUCCGCAAACAGCACCUCAUGUGGCAUACAUGCAGCCAAAAGCCAAUGCACCGUCCUUCUUUAUGGCUGACGAACUCCGACAGGAGCUGAUUAACAGGCAUUUGAUAACGAUGGCACAGAUAGAUCAGUCUGAGAACCCUGGAGUGCCGUCUGAGGUCGACAGUUACCACAGCCUCUUUCCCCUGGAACCCCUUCCUCCACCAAACCGUCUUCAGAAAACCAGCAACUUCAGUUACAUCACUUCCUGUUACAAGGCAGUCAACAGCAAAGAUGACCUGCCUUACUGCCUCAGGAGGAUACAUGGCUUCAGGCUGGUCAACACCAAGUGUAUGAUGCUGGUAGACAUGUGGAAGAAGAUUCAGCACUCCAAUACUGUGACCCUCAGAGAGGUCUUCACCACCAAAGCAUUCGGAGACCACUCACUGGUAUUCUCCUAUGACUUCCAUGCGGGGGCGGAGACCUUGUUCAGCAGGCACUUCAACGAUCCGGCAGCAGAUUCUUACUUCACAAAGAGAAAGUGGGGGCAGCAUGAGCUCCCUCCUCCACGGCAGCAUGCGGGCCUGUUACCAGAGUCGCUCAUUUGGGCCUACAUUGUCCAGCUGAGCUCAGCACUGCGCACCAUUCACACGGCUGGGCUGGCCUGCAGGGUCAUGGACCCUAGUAAGAUCCUCAUCACUGGAAAGACACGGUUACGAGUCAACUGUGUAGGAAUGUUUGAUGUCUUAACAUUUGACAGUAGUCAGACCAACCACCUGGCGCUGAUGCCCCAGUACCAGCAAGCAGAUCUCAUCUCCCUGGGGAAGGUGGUGUUGGCUCUGGCGUGUAACUCUCUAGCUGGCAUUAAGAGAGAGAAUCUGCAGAAGGCCAUGGAGCUGGUGUCAAUCAACUACUCUUCUGACCUCAAGAACCUCAUUCUGUACCUGCUUUCAGAACAAAGCCGUCUGCGCAGCGUCAAUGACAUUAUGCCCAUGAUUGGAGCACGAUUUUACACUCAACUUGAUGCCUCGCAGAUGAGAAAUGAUGUCAUUGAGGAGGACCUAGCCAAGGAGGUUCAAAAUGGGCGAUUGUUCCGCCUGCUGGCAAAACUGGGAACGAUUAACGAGAGACCAGAGUUCCAGAAGGACCCAACGUGGUCUGAGACUGGUGACCGUUACCUGCUGAAGCUCUUCAGAGAUCACCUGUUCCACCAGGUGACUGAGGCAGGCACACCCUGGAUCGACCUCAGCCACAUCGUGUCCUGUCUCAAUAAGUUGGAUGCUGGAGCACCGGAGAAGAUCAGUCUGGUGUCACGGGAUGAGAAGAGCGUGCUCGUGGUGACUUACUCAGACCUGAAGCGCUGCUUUGAGAGCACCUUCCAGGAACUGCUUGCUGCCACGAACGGCCCCCUGUAACCCCCAGCCAUCCACGAGAGUGGGCUGGAACUGCCUGAAACAGAGCACAUUGCACUACAGCCUGGAAUCAUAGGUGCAGAAUGAUGAUCUCAUGACCAGGGCGGAGCCAGCUGGUUGCUCACCUCCAGUCAGAUACACUGUUCUGUCCAGAGAAAGUUGUUUUCUAAAGCUUAUUUUUUUAGUUUUCACAACAACAACGCAGCUGCAGAAUUAUGAACUGAACUGAGAGCUGUGAUGAUGAAUUCUUUAUUCUUUCUUUUUUAGACUUGGGAACAAUGUCCAAAAAAUAAGAGACUUUACUUCUGCUUUUAUUUUUAAUUUUGUAUUUUUUCUUUGGAGGAUGCACUAAACAUUUUAAGUUCCUUUUUAAGUGAUUGUGCGUGUCCCACAGGGUGCGAUGAGGGCCUCACACAUUAAAUUGAAGAAAAACAGAGUGCCGGUUUUUCCACAUCAUCCGUGCGCGUUUUUAAUGAGGUACUACCAAUUGGGACAGACCACUGGUCAUGUGUCCUCGACUCUAAUGGGACAAAGCCCUGGGUUGGGCAAACUGAUGAGUCUGACCACUUAUGAAUGUGUGGCGUUAGUAGUAAUGUGUCGCCACUCCUCGUCUGCUGUAUCGACUCAUUUAAAAGUUGGCCAACUUGGAGGCGGGAGGGGAAGUUACUGGUUGCGUGCCGACAAAGGGGUGCUCUCUCCUCUUGCUGUAUAAACUUGUCAUUUAUUUCAGAAUUUCUCAACAUCCUUUUUCAUUUUACGGAUGAUUUUUGAAAUCGGAUUUUGAGAGGAUGGAUUUUUGUUGUUGUUUGUUUUUUUUAGUCAGGCUCUUGUGAUAGGAACCAAAGAACUGGACCACGCUAGCAAGUGAAACCAGUUUAGUCUCAUUGUGGAAUGUCCUCUUAUGCCUCUGUUGUGGAGCAUCCCAAGUUUCUGUCCAUUUCGUCAUUCUUUUUCCCAAUUCGUUCUCAUUUUCCACUCUCAAUGCUAGUUUUGGUUAUAGAGCUCUCUUGUGUUGUUACUGUCGUUCCCUUUCCUCACCAAGUUGUUGUACAGAGAUGCAUGAUGGGAUGUUUCUCACUGUGGACCAGUCCCAGCAGGACGGUUGGGAUUGUAUUGGUUUCUCUUGGCUUCGUUUUUGUUUAACUAUGAUUUGAUCUAUGAAUUAUGUGACAACAUCCGGAAAACAGUUUGGAAUUCGCUCAGGUUGAUAUCCCUGACAGGAAUAUGCCAAUGACUGAAUGUGUCUGACCUGUCAUUGGUGACUGCCCAAUCCGUGAGUCGAGGAACAGGCGGGUUUGCAGCACAGAUUUGGGUGUGCCACACUGGACCGAGAGGGUGCAGGAUACAGCAGGCAGAGCUGAGGAUGCUGGGAGUUCAAUAAUGUACUUUUUUUUUUCCGUCGUCUUGUUUUGUUUUACUCAACUGAUACUUGGUGGACAUGGUGCCAAGCCUGUAUCCCUCACCGAAUCUCACACAUACACAUUAAUACACCUUUUACAGGCCGAUCUCAUAUCAUGAAUCCAGUUUCUAGAGAAACACUCCAGACACACACAUACACAUGAACUCAUACAUGAAAUCCUCCUUCACCAUCCCAGUACGUUUUAUGCCCUUCUUGUGUUUGUCACAUUUUUGCAAUAUUUGUGUGUACAGCAGUAUUUUAAAAAAGAGUAAUAAAAGAGAA